AAGACAACUACAUAACCAAGUACUCUCCCUCAAAAUGUUCGCCCGAUCCGCCCUCAAAUCCACCACCCUCCGAUCCUUCUCCACCUCGGCCCGUGCCGAGCGCAAAGUCGCCGUCCUCGGCGCUGGCGGUGGGAUCGGACAGCCCCUCUCCCUCUUGCUCAAGACCGACCCCCUCGUCACCGGGUUGAGCUUGUACGAUAUCAGGGGAGCCCCCGGUGUCGCUGCUGAUAUUAGCCAUGUCAACACUCCGGCUGUUACCAAGGGUUACGAGCAGGCCGACCUCGCCUCCGCCCUCGCCGGCGCCGAAGUAGUCGUCAUCCCCGCCGGUGUCCCCAGGAAGCCCGGUAUGACCCGAGACGACCUCUUCAACACCAACGCCUCGAUCGUCCGCGACCUCGCCAAAGCAACCGCCGAACACGCCCCCUCAGCGAUGGUCCUGAUCAUCUCCAACCCCGUCAACUCGACCGUCCCCAUCUUUGCCGAGGUCUUGAAGAAGCACGGCGUGUUCGACCCCAAGCGUUUGUUUGGUGUGACCACUUUGGACGUUGUUAGGAGUAGUACCUUUUUGAGCGAGGUUCAGGGGACGAAGCCUAAGGAUACGGAUGUUACCGUUGUCGGAGGCCACUCCGGUGUGACCAUCGUCCCCCUCCUCUCCCAGACCUCGGUCGCCAAGGGUGUCCAGGGUGAGCCUUACAAGGCUCUCGUCAAGAGGAUCCAGUUCGGUGGAGACGAGGUCGUCCAGGCCAAGGCUGGUGCCGGGUCUGCUACCCUCUCCAUGGCUUACGCCGGAGCCUUGUUCGCCAACUCGGUCAUCCGAGGUAUGAACGGCGAAAAGGGCGUCGUCACUCCUACUUUCGUCAAGAGCCCGUUGUACGAGGACCAGGGGAUCGAGUACUUUUCUAGCAACGUCGAGUUGGGCACCUCGGGUGUGGAGAAGAUCCACUCGGUCGGUUCGCUCUCUGCCGAGGAGGAAGAGCUCCUCGCCGCUUGUCUUCCCGACUUGAAGAAGAACAUCGCCAAGGGUAUCGAGUUCGUCAAGAACUCUCCCUAAAUUCACUUGACCGAUCCAACCGCUCGUUGGAAUCGGAUCGGGUUUGAAGUUUGCGAGGUUUUGACUUGAAGAAAAGGAGAAAAAAUUGACUUGAAGAAAAGGAGAAAAAAGCGAAAAUACAUAAGAAAAGGAGAGAAUCUAGAAGAGAAAGCUGGACAGCCGGGGUGUUUUUUUCGUUUCAGAGUUUUCGUUUCGAUGGCUUGUUCUUGCGAGCUCUUGUCGGAUGAAAUAGGAUGAAAUGAACAUUCCUUGUGACACAAUAUCGUUCUUGCUGGUGUCACCUUGUGGUGUUAAUGAUGUUAUCGAUGACGUAACGCAUUC